GCCCACCAGACAGCAGCCAGUCAGCGGCGCCUCCGUCAGUCCAGCUUUUAUAUACCGAGCCCCCCGACGCGCAUCCUCCGCAGUCCGGUCGACGACGCAACAGUACAACACAGCACCACCGCCCCCAUCAGGAGCCACAGCAAUGCAGGCCCACGCCAUCGUCCGCGCUCCGGCCCAUCACCACCACCUGCCGCCCCUCUCGCGCCACCAUUGCCGUCCUGUCUCCGCGGCGGCGGUGGCGCCGCCGCCCACGCAGCGGCGGGUGACGCACUCGAUGCCGCCGGAGAAGGCGGAGGUGUUCCGAUCGCUGCAGGGGUGGGCGACCCAGUCGCUGCUGCCGCUGCUCAAGCCGGUGGAGGACUGCUGGCAGCCGACGGACUUCCUGCCGGACUCGUCGUCCGAGAUGUUCGAGCACGAGGCCCGCGAGCUCCGCGCGCGCGCCGCGGGGCUCCCCGACGAGCUGUACGUGGUGCUGGUGGGCGACAUGGUCACGGAGGAGGCGCUCCCCACGUACCAGACCAUGAUCAACACCCUCGACGGCGUCCGCGACGAGACCGGCGCCAGCGCCUGCCCCUGGGCCGUCUGGACCCGCUCCUGGACCGCCGAGGAGAACCGCCACGGCGACGUCCUCAACAAGUACCUCUACCUCUCCGGCCGCGUCGACAUGCGCAUGGUCGAGAAGACCGUCCAGUUCCUCAUCGGCUCCGGCAUGGACCCGAGGACGGAGAACAACCCGUACCUGGGCUUCGUCUACACCAGCUUCCAGGAGCGCGCGACGGCCGUGUCGCACGGCAACACGGCGCGGCUCGCCAAGGCGCACGGGGACGACACGCUGGCGCGCGCGUGCGGCACCAUCGCGGCCGACGAGAAGCGGCACGAGACCGCGUACGCGCGCAUCGUGGAGCAGCUGCUGCGGCUCGACCCGGACGGCGCCGUGCUGGCCGUGGCGGACAUGAUGCGCAAGCGGAUCACCAUGCCGGCGCACCUCAUGCGCGACGGCCGGGACCCGGGCCUCUUCGGCCACUUCGCCGCCGUGGCGCAGCGCCUUGGGGUGUACACCGCCAGGGACUACGCCGACAUCGUCGAGUUCCUCGUCAAGCGGUGGAAGCUGGAGGCCCUGGAGGGAGGGCUCUCGGGCGAGGGCCGGAGGGCCCGGGACUACCUCUGCGGGCUCGCGCCGAGGAUGCGGCGGGCGGCGGAAAGGGCGGAGGAUAUGGCCAAGAAGGAUGAGCCCAGGAAGAUUAAAUUCAGCUGGAUCUUUGAUAGGGAAGUGGUCGCGUAGUGUUGGUCUGACUUCUGAGACUGAGCUGUGCUGACCAUGGAUGUCGUUGUCAGCUGGAUCUUUGCAAUGUUGGUUUGUACUUAGUUUAUAGUACCUUUUAAAUUUGGAAACAUGGGGGGAAUGUUAUAUUCUAGAAUGGUAACCAUCAUGGUUUGGUUUUGAACAA